CUAUUAAAGUAAAGGACUACGCCAACUUUAACGUUGCAUAAGAAAAAUAUCAGAGAUGAGUAAUUUUGCAGAGAGAAAACCGCAUGCAGUGUUAACUCCAUAUCCACUUCAAGGCCAUAUUAAUCCAAUGUUAAAACUAGCAAAACUACUUCACUUUAGAGGCUUUCACAUAACAUUUGUAAAUACCGAAUACAAUCAUAAACUUUUGCUCAAGUCAAUGGGCCCAAAAGCCUUUGAUGGUUUCACUGACUUCAUCUUUGAGACUAUCCCGGAUGGUUUAACUCCAAUGGAUGGUGAUGGUGAUCUUAGUCGAGACUUCCAAUCUCUUCGUGAAUCAAUCAGAAAGAACGUCAUCUACCCUUUUCGUGAACUUCUAACAAGACUUCAUGACUCUGCCAAAUCUGGUCUUAUACCUCCGGUUACUUGCUUAGUUUCUGAUAGUUUCAUGUCAGUUACAAUACAAGUUGCUGAAGAAUUUGCACUCCCGAUCGUUCUCCUUGUCCCAUCUAGUGCUUGUUCUUUCUUGUCUGCUUUACACUUUCGUACACUUAUUGAGAAAGGUAUCAUACCUCUUAAAGAUGAGAGUUAUCUAACAAAUGGAUAUUUGGACACUAAAGUUGAUUGGAUUCCAGGUUUGCAAAAUUUUAGACUGAAGGACCUUCUUGCUUUUAUAAGGACAACAAAUCCUAAUGAUUUGAUGAUAGAAUUUAUCAUUGAAGUAGUAGAUAGAUUCAACAGGGCCUCAGCUAUUGUUUUUAAUACUUCUAAUGAUCUUGAGAGUGAUGUUAUGAAUGCUCUCAUUUCAAUGUUCCCUUCUCUAUACACCAUUGGCCCUUUUACUUCUUUUUUAAAUCAAUCUCCACAUAAUCAUUUGACAUCAUUAGAUUCCAAUCUUUGGAAAGAAGACAAUAAAUGUCUUGAAUGGCUUGAAUCGAAAGAACCUGGAUCUACCGUUUAUGUAAAUUUUGGCAGCACCACGGUAAUGUCUCUAGAAAAAUUGUUAGAAUUUGCUUGGGGUUUGGCCAACAGCAAGAAACCUUUUUUGUGGAUCAUUAGGCCCGAUCUUGUUAUUGGUGGCUCGGUGGUUUUUUCAUCUGAGUUUGUGAAUGAAAUUUCAAAUAGAGGCCUAAUUGUGGGCUGGUGUUCACAAGAGAAAGUGUUGAACCACCCUUCAAUUGGCGGAUUCUUAACGCAUUGUGGAUGGAACUCAACCAUUGAAAGCAUAUGUGCUGGAGUGCCAAUGUUGUGUUGGCCAUUUUUUGCCGAUCAACCAACAAACUGCAGAUACAUUUGCAACAAAUGGGAGAUUGGGAUUGAAAUUCAUACCAAUGUGAAGAGAGAGGAGGUGGAGAAACUGGUAAAUGAAUUGAUGGUGGAAGAGAAAGGAAAGAAGAUGAGGCAAAAGAUAGAUAAGUUGAAGAAGAAGGCAGAGGAGGACACGAGACCUGGAGGUGGUUCAUACAUGAACUUGGACAAAGUGAUUAAGGAGGUAUUGCUAAAACAAAAUCAAACUUAAGUGACGCUUUUUCUGCAAAUCAGUACUGUACAAAUACAGUAGUACACUACUAUAAAUUUCGUUAGUAGUAGUACCUAUGGAAUUUUCUGUGGAUUUUUGUCACUAGGUAAUAGAUAAUAUUCUCCUUAAGAUUUCAAAAUCCUCAAGUGAUUUUCCUGCAAAUUUGUUCAGGUUCUGUGUAUGAACCACCUCCAGGUCUCGUGUCCUCCUCUGCCUUCUUCAAGGUUAAAUCAAAUCGAAGGAGGUAUGUGUUAAGGUCUUUAAUGUAUGUAUAUAUUAAAUCAAAUCGAAGGAAGCCUUCAACUAUUUCACUCUAAUAUCAAGGUAGGAUGUAAUACUCUUCAUUCUUUGCCACAUUUGUAAAAAAACAAUGUAGCUAUGUAUGUAGUUUCCUUAGAUGCCAUCCUCCCUCAAAGUCUAAUUAAAUAUGUUUUUUGCAUAUUAAGGGAAACCAUCAAAUACAUAUGUGAGCGCGAAGAGAGCUAGAGAACGAAAUCGGUUCUGAUUAAGUUCGUCAAAUUGAUCUGUGACUGAACUCCAUUCAAGAACCUAAUAAUGGUAGGUUCCAUAUUUAU